UCACCGGCUAACCCUAAAUGCGGGCAGUUCGCCAUUUUCACGAGAGAGAUUAAUUAAUAUGGCUUGCACUCUCCUCAAGCUCACGACCAUUCUCUCCCUAAUCAUGCCUCUGAUAAUAACAUUCCUAGCUCUGAACUCUCAGUUAGCUUUCUCAAUUGAUAUCGAAGAAGACGAUGAAGAUCAGUACGUACUCGACUCUCCAUUAAUGGCCAAUAUUAAUCUCAGAUCAUCGAGAAGCAGGUUCUUGGCCAGCGUGAUAAAGAAAGGUGCUCGGUGUCAUCCCAUCACAAACAAUGUGUGCAAUGGAAUACCAGCAAACAACGGGACCAGCCUGCUCUACUGCUGCAAGAAGCAUUGCCGGAACAUUCUUGGCGAUCGGAACAACUGCGGACGAUGUGGGAGAAAGUGCAAACAAGGACAGCGUUGCUGCAAUAGGAUCUGUACCGAUAUUACUAGCAAUGAGAAUCAUUGUGGCAAAUGCCAUAAGAAGUGUGCGAAGGGGGUAAACUGCGAGCUGGGAUUUUGUGGGUAUGCUUGAAUUUGUUCAAAACGUAUUCAUGUACGUCUUCAAGUUUCGAG